AUGCAGAUCUUCGUGAAGACGCUGACGGGGAAGACAAUCACGCUGGAGAUCAAGAGCAGCGACACCGUCGACAAUGUCAAGGCCAAGAUCCAGGACAAGGAAGGCAUCCCGCCGGACCAGCAGCAGCUCAUCUUCGCCGGGAAGCUAGCACCUAGAUGA